AAAAAAAAGAAGUAAAAACGUUCAAAGCAGCGAAGGAAAAAAAAAGGAAAGAGCAAAUAAGAGAGAGAGAGAGGGAGAGAUCUGGCGUAGAAGGAAACCAAAUUUAUAAUAAUUCCGACGAACAAACGUUGUCCUCUCGGCAUCUCUCUGCAUCAGAUUGAAAACCCUAAAUUUUUGAGUUUUGUUUUUAGGUGACAAUUCCCUCGAUUUUUUGAACUGUUUCUCGAGAUCUUCUGUUUUCCCCCACAAUUUUUUAUCAAUAUCUUCUCGAUCCUCGCGUCGGGAUCUGGCUCCUGGUUCGAGUUUCUGUUCAAUCACAACAUUGGCGACGAGUUUCUUCUCUAUAAUCGGCGAUUUCGGAAUGGCAUGGGUUAAUGGAAUCAAAUGGUAAUUGAAAAAGCAUUGAUUUGAGGAAGUUGGGGGCAUUUCCCCUUUGCGAGAUUUCGAGUUUUUUCUUCAAUGGCAUCAGCUCAGGUUAAGCCUAGUUCGCGGAGGCAGGAGGUCGCUGAAGCUGGACGGCGUAAGCUUGAGCAGUUCCGGAAGCAAAAAGCAGCAGAACGAGCCAAAAAGGCAUCACAGACUGUUGAUAACAGCCAGCAAAGUGUCAAAGAUUCAGAUGGAGAUGUUGCAUCUAUGUCUAAUGGACCUCCUCUCAAGCAAUCUUCUGAGACUCAUCAAGCUUUCUCUAAUGAAACCCAUACCAAGUCCUCAUUUUCUGGAGAUGUAUAUAAUUUAUCAUUGGGUGGGGGAAGCAAAGAAAGAAGUCAGAGAGAUGAUGGUCAGGGAUCAGUGGGUGCAGUCGAUUUUUCAAGUAGCUUAGAGUUGAGAGGUUCCUCAAAUGACUUAACAGUGAAUAAUAAUAGGCCUGAAGUUGUACCUUAUAGCAAUAUAGAGAAGCAACCAAGUGAUAGUUUCAAUCGUGCUUCUACUCUAAGAGAAAGUGAUGGGUUUUCCAAAGGCACAUCUUCUUUUCUUGGAAACAAUCUGCUUUCAACCUCGAUGCAAAUGGACGGGUUCAUGAAUGGCAGUGGAUUAAUCUCAUCCAGAAAAGACUCUGUACAACCUACUACGAGAAUGGCAGGGUCAAUACACGAAGUUGCCAAAAGCGAUCAGGGAAGUGAUGAACUAAGAGGUGGUAGCUUUUUGCAGAAGCCAACUUUGUCUAGCAGUUAUUUGUUUAGUUCUCCGGACACAUCAUCUCGACCUUCUGGAUCUUCAGAUUUCAGUGUAGAUAUCACAAGCCCUUCACCGUUUCAUUCAGCUAAAAAUGAAGCAACUGUGAAGAGGUCUCGUCCGUCUUUCCUUGAUUCCCUUAAUAUUUCAAGAGCUCCAGAGACUCAAUAUCAACAUCCUGAGAUUGAGUCCGAUUUUGUUACGUCCAGUGGUUCCCGGCUAACUAGCAGUGAUGGUUAUGGAACAUCUCCACUCCAAUAUAUAUCAGGGAGAAGAGACAGUAAUGGACCACCGUUGACAAGCGGAGCACCUGAUCCUCCUAGUCCAUUUGAAAAUUACCGUAGUCCUUUGUUUCCUGCUGCCAAUGGAGUAAUGCCAAGUUUCAAUGAUUUCUCCAUGCCAAAACAAAAUGAUGAUUUUACUGCUCUGGAACAGCAUAUUGAGGAUUUAACACAAGAAAAGUUUUCACUGCAAAGGGAUCUUGAUGCUUCACGUGCUUUGGCCGAAUCCUUAGCAUCUGAAAAUUCUUCGAUGACAGACACUUACAACCAGCAGAGAAGUAUUGUCAACCAACUAAAAGAUGACAUAGAGAAGCUAAAUCAACAGAUCCAAGAUCAAAUGGGGGAACUUGAAUCUUUCAGGAUUGAGUAUUCAAAUGCGCAGCUAGAAUGUAAUGCUGCAGAUGAGCGUUCUCAAAUUCUGGCUGCUGAAGUCAUCAGUUUGGAAGAUAAGGCACUCAGACUCAGAUCUAAUGAGUUGAAGCUGGAGAGGGAACUGGAAAAUGCGCAAGCUGAAAUGUCAUCUUACAAGAAAAAAUUACAGAGCCUAGAGAAAGAUCGUCAAGACUUACAGUCUACUAUUAAAGCUCUUCAGGAAGAGAAGAAAAUCCUACAGACUAUGCUGCAGAAAGCUUCCUCUGGUGGAAAAUCCACCGAUCUCGGUAAAAGUUCUAGUAGCAGAAAAAACGCAUCAACCUCUACAGAAGGUCUCGCAAUCUCAGAUACUAUGCCAGGGAGCUCCAACGAGGAAACAGAUUCUACUGCUCUGCUCGAAAGUGAUUCAGCUAUCAUUCCUGAAACUGGACAAUUAACUCUUGAAGGCUUUUCACUGAGCGUCCCAGCUGAUCAGAUGAGAGUGAUUCAUAACAUCAAUACGCUGAUUGCUGAGUUGGCAAUUGAAAAAGAGGAACUGGUGCAAGCAUUGUCAUCUGAGUUAUCUCGAAGUGCGCAGGUGCAGGAGCUGAACAAAGAGCUGUCGAGAAAACUUGAAGUGCAGACUCAAAGGGUAGAGCUUCUAACAGCACAGAACAUGGCUAUAGACAACGUUUCACCUGAGAAGCAGCCGGAUUCUCAUGUUGUUCAAGAGAGAGCACCGAUUGCAGAUGAAGGCGAUGAGGUGGUAGAAAGAGUUCUAGGUUGGAUCAUGAAGAUGUUCCCAGGAGGGCCGUCCAAAAGAAGGACAAGCAAGCUUCUCUAAAAGCAUAUAUGGCCUUUUCUUCUUCUUCUUUAUUGCCAUAUCUGUAAAUCCGAGCAUCAUGAUCCAUGGCUAUUAUUGCUUCUUCUCCGUUUGUUUUGGAAGAAAUUCAUUUGGCGAAUUUGAUCCAAAAUUUUUGGGUUUCAUUUGGAUUGAGCGAAAGCGAAGAAGAAGACAGCAGAAAUGGGUAUAGUGAGACAACACCUCAAAGAGUUCCAAACGGAGAGACACGAAUGCUUGAACAAAAGAGGUUAUCUAUGAGAGAGCGUUUUUGUUGUUUUGUUUUUACUGAAUUUUUGUAAUUGUUGAUGAUUAUAGCCAAGUUAAAAUGUUCCCAGCAAUAUACUUAUUACCAUAAGAAAAAAAUGAUAACCUGUUAGAGUAUCAAACUAGGAUAAUUGUUUGUUUGAUUUUUUUCUUUCUCUAUGUUAUAUAUAUACAUGAAUCACAAUUGUACUUGAUAAAUAAAUAUUUUUAAAAAUAGUUUUGGAACUCUCUCCUUCUCUGGUUCUCCGUUUGUUUUGGAAGAAAUUCAUUUGGCGAAUUUGAUCCAAAAUUUUUGGGUUUCAUUUGGAUUGACCGAAAGCGAAGAAGAAGACAGCAGAAAUGGGUAUAGUGAGACAACACCUCAAAGAGUUCCAAACGGAGAGACACGAAUGCUUGAACAAAAGAGGUUAUAUAUUGAAGAGCAUCGCGAGAUUCAGAUCGCUGUGCAGAGAAUGGAAAUCGCUAAUCGAUUUCGACUUCUUCAGAGAUCACUACCUCUCCUUCAACUCCUCCUCCUCCGUCUCCUGGUCAAUCAUCCAAAGAAAGCUGCACAAGCUCUCACUCGAGAUCGUGGGUCACCAUGGACGCGAGAGAUGGGGAUUUGAUCGUUCUCCAGGAUUCUGAUAAGCUCAUGGAUCGAGCUUAUCGGAUUAGUGACAGAAAUGGAGGGAGAUCGAGGAAGAGUAAGAUGAGAAGAGAAGAAGAGAGAAAGAAAUUGGGAAUAAACCCUUUGAUUGAUAAUCAACACAACGAAGUGUCUCUGUAUAAUUUGACACAUCAGCAUUUUCAAAUAAAUUGAUACUUUAGCAAAAAAAAACAUCAAUCAAAACAUUUCACUAAUAUAAGUCAUCAAUUUAUUUUAACUUCUAAAUUUAAAC